AUGGUUUACUGUUCUCACUGUGAUGAUGAUUGCCCAUAUGUAAAGGAUCCUGACAACGGGUUCACAUGUUGCGGAAUGUGCGGCAAGGUUAUUGAUCAGGAUAUGUAUACUGAUGAGCCUACUUUUGUCAAGGACUCCUCGGGACAGAGUCGGCUUAGUGGACACAUUAUAGGCAUUGCGAAGGGCGGUUCACUAUCCCGUGAAAGAACUGAAGAGAAAGGGAGAGACGAGAUCUGGCAGAUUGUCCAUGGCCUGCAUGUGAGUGGUGGAGAUGAUAUCAUUUGCACUGCUCAUAACUUUUAUAAACUAGCUCUUGACAAUAACUUUACUAGGGGCCGCCGAACAACUCAUGUUGCAGCUUCUUGCCUUUACAUUGCUUGCCGGCGAAGUGAAAAACCCUAUCUUCUUAUUGAUUUCUCGGACUAUUUGCAUAUAAGUGUAUAUGUCCUAGGUGCUAUUUUUCUGCAGCUUUGCCAAGUUUUGCUACUCGGAGAACACCCAAUUGUUCAAAAGCUUGUAGAUCCUAGCCUUUUCAUCCACCGUUUUACCGAACGUUUAUUGGGGAAAAGGGACAAUGCUGUCUCGGACACAGCUUUACGCAUUGUAGCUAGCAUGAAGCGAGACUGGAUGCAGACUGGGAGGAAGCCAAGUGGUUUAUGCGGUGCAGCAUUAUAUAUAGCUGCACUUUCUCAUGGACAUAUGUACACCAAGGCAGAUAUUUCUGCUGUUGUGCAUGUCUGUGAGGCAACACUAUUUAAGCGCUUGAUAGAGUUUGAAAAUACAGAUUCUGGUAGCUUAACGAUUGAAGAUUUUUUGGCAAAGGCUGAUGAAGAGCCGGUUUCAAAAUGUUUAGCCAAGUCUGGAGAAGUCCUUUGCGAGCACAAGGAUAAGGGUGCUGAGCAUUUUUCUCAUGGACUUUGUGAGGAAUGCUACGACAAUUUCACAGAACUGUCAGGUGGACUGGAGGGUGGUGCUGACCCUCCAGCUUUCCAGCGAGCUGAAAAACAAAGGCUGGAUGCUGCUAAAAGAGCCAAGGAAGCUGCUGUGGACGAGGCAAUAUGUGAGUUACAUAAUUCUGAUUUUGAAGAUAACAUCAUGAGCCCUGGGAAGAAGUCUGAAGGCAAAUCUUCGGCAAUUGCUUCCAGCCAAAUUGCAAAUGAUUUUGUUGAUUUCAAAGAUUCGGAAGUGGAAGGUGAAAAUGGUAAAACUGGUUCUGAUGCAGAAAAUCUUUCUGAUAUUGAUGAUGCGGAGGUUGACGGUUAUCUUCACAGUGAAGAAGAAACACAAACCAAAAAGAUUAUCUGGGAGGAAAUGAACAAAGAAUACCUAGAGGAACAAGCUGCAAAGGAAGCUUUAGCGGCUGAACUGGCAGCUAGAGGUGUAUCUGUUGGAGAGGGACGGCAGAAGAAACGAAAACGUAAUGAAGACAAGAACUCCACACCUGCUGAAACACCAGCAGAAGCAACAUACAACAUGUUGAAACGAAAGGGACUUGGGUCUAAAGUCAAUGUUGAAGCUGUUAGUGGAUUGUACAAGAUUGAAGACGAAGAUGGGAAAGCAAAUGGCAAAGAUGACAUGCACUUCGACGAGCAUUAUGAAGAGGAUACUGGUUAUGGUGAAACAUUUGAUGUCAGUUAUGAUUAUGGUCACGAUGCUGAUUACAACAACGAUGGCUACGUUGAUGAUGGUGGUGGUGGAGCCUAUGAGGAUUACCAUGACGCUGAUUACUAG